ACUUCUGAGUUCUGCAGCUUUUCUUCUAUACUAUACGCUUUUUGUUAAUAAUUCUCGUUUCCACUACAAAUCUUUAGGUUAAUAUAAAUGUCGGACCCAGAAUUAGAAAAAAUUAGACAGCAACGUCUAGCACAACUGCAAGCUCAGCAUGGAGGAGGUGACCCUAAUCAGGCUAAGGCCAAUGAAGAACGUAAACAGGCAAUGGAAGAGGCAAAACAUUCGAUUCUUUCACAAGUUCUUUCCCAAGAUGCCCGAGCUAGGUUAAACAUAAUAAAAAUGAGCAAGCCGGACAAAGGUGCAUUGAUUGAAAAUAUGAUAUGCAGGAUGGCGCAAACCGGCCAAAUAGGCGGGAAAAUAAGUGAACAAGAGCUAAUUCAGAUGCUGGAGUCCCUCAACCAGCAGAUGCCCAAAUCCACCAGCACCGUCAAGUUUGAUCGUAGAAGAGCUGCACUCGAUUCCGAUGAUGAUCUUUAGUAGUAAAUUAAGAUUCUAAACAAUAUAACUUUUUUUACUUUGAGCAUGAUAUAUAAUAUAUUAUUAUGUCUUGG